CACUUUCUGUUUCAGUCACCACAGACAAUUUGCCAGCAACACUACGGUUCUCUUCUGCAUCCAAGAGCUACAUUUUUUUUCUAAACUAAAUUUUCGUGAAAAUAUUGCAGUGAAAUAUGGCUAAUCCAAAUCAACAAGUUGUUUAUACUAAGCUCUUCAUUAACAACGAAUUCGUGGAUGCAAAAAGCGGCAAGACGUUCCCAACAAUUAAUCCGGCAAACUGUAAGAAGAUAGCUGAUAUUGCCGAAGCUGAUAAAGAAGAUGUCGAUGCUGCUGUGGAGGCUGCAAAGAAAGCAUUCGCCCGGGGUUCCGAAUGGCGCAACUUAGAUGCUUCCGCACGUGGACGUCUCUUGUACAAAUUUGCUGAUCUCGUGGAGAGGGAUAUUAACAUCCUGGCCAACUUGGAAUCCUUGGACAAUGGCAAACCCUUUGGUGAUUCCGUUUUUGAUAUAAACUGCGCCAUCGAUACUUUCCGCUACUAUGCUGGUUGGGCUGAUAAAAUCCACGGCAACACCAUCCCUGCCGAUGGGGCAUCACUUACACUCACCCGAAAAGAACCAGUGGGUGUUGUGGGACAAAUUAUCCCGUGGAACUACCCUAUUCUUAUGUUGGCUUGGAAAUGGGGACCUGCAAUUGCAGCUGGAUGCACAAUUGUCCUAAAGCCGGCUGAGCAAACUCCCCUAACUGCCCUACACUGUUGUGCUCUCGCAAAGGAAGCUGGCUUUCCAGCGGGUGUUAUCAAUGUAGUACCUGGUUAUGGACCAACUGCAGGACAGGCCAUUGCUGCGCAUCCAGGCAUUCACAAGGUUGCCUUUACUGGAUCAGUAGAUGUUGGAAAAUUAGUCAUGGAAGCUGCAGCCAAGUCGAAUCUAAAGAAAGUUUCCUUGGAACUUGGAGGAAAGAGCCCGCUUGUUAUCUUUGAUGAUUGCAACUUGGAUGAAGCCGUUGAAAUUGCUCAUAAUGCAAUUUUCGCCAAUCAUGGUCAAAAUUGCUGUGCAGGAAGCCGCACUUUUGUCCAGGAGGGCAUUUACGAAGAGUUCGUUAAGAGAUCAGUUGAAUUGGCGAAGAAACGUAAAGUCGGUGAUGCCUUUGGGGCUGAUGUUCAGCAAGGACCUCAGGUGAAUGAUAUGAUUUUCAACAGGAUCCUAAAGUAUAUUGAAUCAGGGAAGAAUGAGGGGGCCAAAGUGGAAUUUGGCGGAAAACGAUGGGGAAAUCAAGGCUACUUCAUCGAACCAACCAUCUUCUCAGGCGUGACUGAUGGCAUGACUAUUGCGAAAGAAGAAAUAUUUGGCCCUGUACAGAGCAUUCUCAAGUUCAAGACGCUCGAGGAGGUCAUUGAAAGGUCCAAUGCCACCAAUUAUGGGCUAGCUUCUGGAAUUGUAACAAACAAUUUGAACACCGCAUUGGUUUUCGCUCAAGCUGUUCAAGCUGGAUCAGUUUGGGUUAAUUGCUAUGAUGCUGUUGUUCCUCAAGCUCCAUUUGGAGGUUUCAAACAAUCCGGAGCUGGGAGAGAAUUGGGUGAAGAUGGGUUGGAUUUGUACUUGGAAACCAAGACAAUCAGCAUCAAGUUGCCAACAAACAACAAAAAAUUCACAUAAAAUAUGGAAAGAGACCCAGCUAUGCUAUUACAACCAGAACUACCAUAUUUUCUUCUAAAUCCUAACUUUGUACGCACAUAUUUUUGAAUAAAAAUAUAAUAUUUUGCAUGUA